CAAACACUUAGCAAUUCGAGACAAAACAACGUUAAUAAAAUGAGUUCUGAAAAUAUUUCAUUUUAUGCACGUUUGAAGCAAACACAAGAGCUGCAGCACAAAAGGGAGAAUAAAAGACUGGAUCUUCAGAAGCGCUUUGAGAAUUAUAUGAUGUCUGAUCAAAAUCUGUCUCGAUUGAGAGCUAACAGGCUGCAGAGUUAUUGGAAAAAGGUUUGUGAAGAUGAGAGAAAGAGCAAAGCUAGGAAUGAACAACUCCUUCAAGACUUUGUGAGAGUUGAGGCUCACAUAGCAACACUUUCAAGCAGGACUGAGCGACUUCGUCUCUUGAAGGAUCAAUAUGAAAGACAAGUUGAAUCUAUGUUCCCUUACUGGAAAGAACAAAUGGACAUUAAAAGAAUGUCCGAAGCUCAAAAGACGAACAGUGCACCAAUGUCAUUUGCAACACCCAGUCAGCAAUACAGGGAACAGAUGAAUACUCUCAACAUGUCACAAAGUAUCCAACAAAAUGGAACAAGCAUGAUCUCAACACCCUACCAACAGCCUGGAUCAUUUGAUCAUGUUCAUCUCCAAGGUCGACCUCACUCAGACUUGCAAGUAUCCCCACAUCCUCAACAGUAUACACAGUUUGGUGCAACUAGACAAGACUCAACAUUGCACAGAACACCAAGCACUCUACCUCAGUCACAAGCACCACAACCGACACAGGUAUCUGAUGAUGGUUAUGAGAUGCCAAUGGUACCUGGUCUCCAUGGGACACCUCGGCUUCAGGAAGCACAAAUACCCAACUCACAUCCCAGUGGACAGCAUCCUGUAGUGGAGAACAGAAAGAGCAUGCCCCAUGGUGCAAGUCAGCAAAUGACCUAUGGACAAACAGAAGAAUCCUCUUCCUUCACUGUCAGCUCAGAGAGUCCAAGAUCACCUCAACAUCAAGUCAGACCUGUUGCUGGGACAGUACAACCUCUUCAAACUAGCUUGGCCAAAGAUAUGACAGAUGCAAGUGGAAAAACUUUACCAGGAAUGGAACCUCUUUCACAGAAAAUGCUUCUUGUUGGAGAUGCAUCCAAGGAAGGACAGCAGGUAAAGUCUAAAGAAAUCACCAAAUCAGCUAAAUCAGCCACAAAUCAAUUCUUCACUGAAGAAGUGGUCAGAGGUCCUUCUUUAGGAGUUGGAGAGAGGCUGUCAUCAGCUCAGACGGAACCAUUUUCAUCCAGUGAUGAUUCGGAUGAUGAGAGUAAGGAUCCAGUAGACCAGGCUCUUUAUUCCCCAGAGCUUCCUCCAGAACUUCCCAAGUAUGAAGAACAAGCAAGAGGUCCUGCAAUCAAUAACAAGGAACAAAAUCAACUACCUGAUCAAGAUGGGACAGAGAUUCCUAGAGCAGUAAAGGAUGAAGCUGAGGAAAGCAGUGGAAGUGAAGAAGACAGUGAGAUUGAUAGUGAUGUCAGUCUACCACUCAGUGAGGAUAAAGACAAAAAUGAUGGACCAGUACCAGCCCAACGUCAUUCCAUCGAUCCAAAAGCUCCUGAAGCCGAGAGUGUGAAACCCAACUCCAUUGUCUUAACUACUGAAGGGUUUUAUCUUCUGAUGAAGGCGGUAGAAGCUGAAAUUGAUGCCACUGAUUCCCUUGAAGGCAUCUAUGCAACUCUGGCUUGCACUAGAACUAUAAGAGAUGAAAUUGUGAGGACGGCGAACUCAAAUAGUGGAUUUGAUCUACUGGAUCCUAGAGCGAUCAGCAUGGUCAUACUUGAAGAGCUCCCUCUAUUGGUCCAGAAACUACCAGGAGGAUGCCUUCUAUCAGAGAGACUCCUUGUUGCCAGCAGUAGAACUAUCACUGAAUUAUCUAUCAGGUCUCAUAUGGUCUCUUCAUCCCUGAAGCUAUGGGAUGAUAUCCAUCAUCAUAUGGUGUUCUUAGUGAGGAGAGGUGUAAUGGAACCGGAGGGUGUGGCCAUGAAGUUUGCUCCUCUUUUACUGACUGCUGACUCACAAGCCUCGGAAAAGGCAAUCAAUGUCAUCUCUGAUAUCUUGAUGAAAGCUGAGGAGGAGGAAGAAGUUACAUUUGGAGAAGAGUCUUCAGUGAGUGAUAGUUCGCAUCUUAACCAUACUCAAUCCAGUCCUGAUGUCAUUAGGCAUGCUCAACCUAAGGAUUAUCCAUCAGUCCCACCCCUUUCUCUUGGUGGAAUGGAAGGAGAUACUGAUGAUCUGGUUGAUACAGGGAGGACUAGUGGUGAUAGCUUCUUCGAUAACAAAGUACCUCUAAAUGAAACAUCUGCAUACCAGAGGAUGAUGAUGAGCAGUCAACCUGAGAUACAGAAACAGAUAACUGGAGGAAAUAGGAGUGGAAACAAUGAUGAUGAAGAGAGUGAAAGUGAGGAUGAGAUUGAGAGAGCUACUCGUAUUAACCUUGAGUCACCGUCUUCACAACAAACCAAGAAGAAGAGGAAUGUACUUUCAUCUCUUGGUGGGAGUCUUGGUAGGAGCUUAGGAAGUGACGAUGAGGAACAAGAGAGACGACCUCUUCCAUCAGAUAGAACAGAUGAAGUGUCAUCACCAGAUAAGAGUGAUGUAACCAGUUCACUGUCUCCUACUCCUAGAGGUGGUGGUGGCUAUGUCCCGUCAGCCAUGGAACACAGCAUGAAAUCGACAGGGCGAACAGACACCAUGAAUAGAUCUGCAGCUUUCUGGGGUAAUGAGUCUGACCUUGAUGAUGAAUCAGAGAUGAGCGUUCCCAUGGGAACAGGAAAAGUUGAUGAGGAAAAAGAUGACUUUGAUUUCUAUGACUAGAAAUCUUUAUCAAACUUGGAUAUUGAUAAAAUGAUUGCUCCUUUGUAUGAGGUAGUAGUAUUCUCACAUCAAGCUAUAACUUAGGCUGGGAAAGCCAGUUGACUAGUGCAUCGUUUGGAUCAAACAAAUUGGUCAAUCCUUCAGGGAUUUGAAGAUCAGGGCAGCAUAGAAGAAUUCCUGUGGUUUUUGAAAUCCCCAAAUCGCUGAAUCUUCCAACUCAUUUCACAGUGACUCUGAAGAUUGAGCAAUGCCAAAAGAAAAAGGAUACCAAUUUACAAGUUUUGUGAACACUGGACAUCUUCCACAAAACAGCACAGCGAACAAAUUAUUAGCUAUACAAUGAACAAAAUUGAUUAGAGAUGAAUAUGUAAGAUAAAAUGCUGGUAAUUUUGAUAAGUCAUUGCCAAUUAGUGAUUAUGAUUGUGAUGAUGUGAAUGGCACAGGGUGAUUCCAAGUUUGGUGUUGGGCCAAUAUUUUAUAUCGACACAGCACCAAAAUCAAAAGAAGAUUGGUCUUUGGACAAGUCUUAUGAGGUGAUGAACUAUCAAUAAUGUGAUUUGGAGUAUUUGUAAAUUCAGAUUAGAUGUUUGAGCUUUAGAAGGCAUUACUACUAGCACCAGAACCAUCACUGAACUUGAAAUCACCCAAUGUAAAACAUAGUUGAUAAUCCUGUCUCAAGUAGGAGAUACAUUUAAUGAUCACAUACAUUACUUAUCACAUGGUACUGUUAAAUUUCUUUCCUUGAUGGGACUGAAAGUGACAGAAAACUGUCAAAGGAAAAAUGUGUCUCCACCUUCUGAUUUAACCGGGAAAACCUAAUCCUUAAAAGUUUAGUGAUAUGGUGAUUAGUACCAUUAUAUGUGAAUCAUAACAUUAUGCAUUUUGAAAUGCUGUACUAUUUUCAGUGAAUCCAUUCAGAGAUUAAAAAACAGUACUGACAUUAGAGUUGUUUUUGUUUUGUUUCCAACAUAUUCUAAUAUUUAUUCUGUAAUAAAGAAAUUAAGAAUAUAUUCUCUACCUCUCAAAUCAACUUUAUAAAAUUGCCAAAUGAAAUGAACAUUCAGUGUGUAAUUUUGAUCAAGUCCCUUAAAUUUUUGUUUAAAAUUUAUGCAAGGAAAUCAUUCCAAACUUGUAAUAUUAACAGUCAUAAUUUAGAUUAUUCCCAAUUAGACAUGUUUCAUCUGAUGUGUCACUUUGCAUUCAUAAAGGUUCGAAGUGUUUUUUUUUUUGGGGGGGGGGGCUUCUCUUUUUUUUGCCUACCAAAUGCCCUUAACUUUUUAGUGAUGAGUUUUCUUUUUGGCUUGUCGAAUAUUGGGACAAAAGCACCCCCUUCAGAAAAAUCUUGGAGCUGAACAUGUGAUUACAGUACUAAUUUUGAUAAAGCACCUCAAACAUUUGCAGUACUGCAAUAUUUUAUAAACCUGCACAAAUAAAACUCUUGCUUUCAUAUGAUCUGUUUAUCUUGUCAACAUUUGUUUGAUUCCAUUCUGUCACACAAUGUAUUCAUCUACAAUAAUCUAUCAUUAUAUCAGCAAAUAUAUGCCCAGAUUUGUAUUUCAAUAAUUCACUGCUACAAAGCAUUAACCCUGUGUUAAAUGAAGCUGAUUGUAUCUUCUGACAUGUAAACUUCAUGUAUUUUUAAUGCACCAGUGAACUUCAAAUUUCCUGUGGAUAAUGCAGUAUUUAAUUCAAUUUAUGAACAAUGUAGACAAAAAAGUUCAUCUUCAU